AUGAAGUUGGCGCCAAGAAAUCGUAUCAAGUACUUUGAACCUGCUGUAUUCUUGGGUGGGUUUACUAGUUGGGCUCCAGGGAAUUUAUCUUAUAGUACUGGUGGUGUGUACUUGGGCUACGCAAUGAUGCACCAUGUGAAACACAAGUACGAAGCUUGGUGGCAAAAGUACAGCUAUCUUUUAGGGUCUGGUAUUGAUGCCGGUAUUGCCUUUUCUUCCAUCAUCAUUUACUUUGCAGUGCAAUACCAUGAAAUAGAUCUCAACUGGUGGGGAAACUCGGUAGCCACUGCAGGAUUGGAUUAUGAAAUGAGAACUUCUGGGUCAAGGUUGGAUGUGGCCGAUGCACCGGGUGGCUAUUUUGGACCCAGAAAAGGUAAUUACCCUUGA